AUGAGAUACUCCCACACUCUGUCCGGUCUUUUGACCGUGGCCAUGAGUGCCACUGGCCUCGCCCAGUUGACUUUGACUCCCGUUCCUACUUCUGAUUUCACGACUACCACUGGCGGCAUGAACGUGCCCACCUCAGUUACCAGUGCCUUGCCCGAUACCGUCAUUGACACCACCACCUCGACUGGUACAAUGACCACCAUGGUCAAGCCCACCAAGAGUGCCAGCCCUGAGGUCUGCUGCUACGAGUGUACCACCGUCUACGACGAGUGUUGUGCCAUUCCCGGUGCUGACAUCGCCGUCUGCAAGAAGGCUUACACUGUCUGCCUGGGUUACAACCCAUGGGACAUCGUUCCCUACGUCAAGCCCUCGGUCUGCAAGUAUGAGCCUUACCCUCCCAAGCACGACGAUGGCAAGUGCGUUUGCGGCACUGGAAGCUGCUUCACCCCUGACGUCUGCGCCUACGAAUGUACCACCGUUUACGACCAGUGCUGUGCCGUUCCUGGCGCUGAUAUCGCUAUCUGCAAGGAGAAGUACACUGUCUGCCUCGGUUACAACCCAUGGGAUAUUGUCCCUUACACCAAGCCCUCUGUUUGCAAGCACGAGAAGCAGUACUACAUUGACUACGAGUCCAAGUAUGACGAGCACUACUUCUACGAGAAGUACAGCUCUUACUACGAGUCUGGUCACUACUCUUCUUCUUCUUACUCCACCUCUUCCUACCACGAGGGUUACUACACUGCUGAAUACUGCUGCCUCGAGUGCACUACCAUCUACGAUGAGUGCUGUGCCAUCCCCGGUGCCGAUAUCGCUAUCUGCAAGGAGAAGUACACUGUCUGCCUUGGCUACAGCCCCUUCGACGUUGUCCCUUACGUCAAGCCCUCUGUCUGCAAGCACGAAGAGUCUUACUACAAGGAGUACGAGACCAGCCACGGAAAGGACUACUACAACUCCAAGUACGACAACUACGGCCACAAGGAGGUUGAGGUUACUGUUGAGGAGUGCUGUGUUGAGUGCACUACUAUCUACGACGAGUGCUGCCUGAAGGGUGACAUUGAGGUCUGCAAGAAGGAGUACACUGUCUGCCUCGGAUACAACCCCUUCGACGUUGUCCCCUAUGUCAAGCCUACUGUCUGCAAGUACGACUCUGGUUACAAGUCCAAGGGUGACUACUCCAAGAACAACUCUGGUCACAAGGAGAUUGAGGUUACCGUCGAGGAGUGCUGCGUCGAGUGCACUACUAUCUACGAUGAGUGCUGCCUUAAGGGUGACAUUGAGGUCUGCAAGAAGGAGUACACUGUCUGCCUCGGAUACAACCCCUUCGACGUUGUCCCCUAUGUCAAGCCUACUGUCUGCAAGUACGAGAACUCUGGCUCCAAGACCAAGGGUGACACUGGCUACAAAGGUUCCAAGUCUGGCUCUGAGGAGGAGUGCUGUGUUCAGUGCACCACUGUCUACGAUGAGUGCUGCUCCAUUGACGGCCACGACAUUGAGACCUGCAAGAGCGAGUACACCGUCUGCCUUGGUUACAGCCCCUUCGAUGUUACCCCCUACGUCAAGCCCACUGUUUGCAAGCACGGAGACAACACUGGCUCCAAGUCUAAGGGCGACACUGGCUACAACGGCAAGGGUGAUAACUCUGGCUCCAAGUCCAAGGGUGACACUGGCUACAACGGUUCCAAGUCUGGCUCCGACGAGGAGUGCUGUGUUGAGUGCACUACUGUCUACAAGGCCUGCUGCGAUGCUUCCGGUGCCAUUAUCGAGACCUGCAAGGAGGCUUACACCGUCUGCCUUGGAUACAGCCCCUUUGACGUUGUCCCCUUCGUCGAGCCUACUGUGUGCAAGCACGGAAAGCCUUCCAACGACGAUGUUGUCAUUGUCUCUGGCGGUGACCGUGUCCGCCCCGUUCUGGCUCUCAUUGCCGUCGGUGCCUUCGCUCUCCUCUGUUAG